CCAUCACUCAUCUCAACGCACAGAAACUUAUAGAAACCUCAAGCGAGUGAUUCAACCAUUGAGAAAGUUCUUCAUUCAUUUCGAACUUCACAAUGGCUAGCGCACCCCCAGCCACAGAUCCAAAACCCAAUGAGGUAAUCGAGAAAUAUACCAUCCCAGAACCCGAACCCUUCAUCUCCUUUGCCGCACUCAAAGAUCGAAUAAGACACCAUUACGAACUAGCAUCCGAUUACUAUUACUCCUUGUGGUACAUCCCCAUUCCCAACCCCAUUGCAUCCCCGCAACCCCAAUACCCCGCUCUCAAAAACCCAAACUAAUCACGUGCCAAAAAGGGGAGAACACAUCCACCACGGCUACUUCCUCACCCCACAAGACACCAAAGAAAAAGCGCAACUGCAACUCAUCUCCCUCCUCCUCGAGCGUUCCGCCCUCCCAAAAGGAACCAAGAUCCUCGACGUCGGCUGUGGAAUCGGCGGAACCUCUCGGUAUCUGGCGAAAGAGUGGGGAUGUCAUGCCACGGGUGUAACGAUCAGUGGACGACAAGUUGAGCUCGCCAAGAAACUGACAUUGGAAGCGGGGGGUGUGGAGUCGGAGAAGGGGGGUGAUGUGUGGAAGUUGGGGGAUGGUUCGGUGAGGUUCAUUGAGCUGGAUGCGGAGAAGAUGGGGGAGUAUUUUGUUACGGAGCCGAAUGUGGAGGUGUUUGAUGGGGUUUGGAUUUCGGAGGCGAUGAGCCAUUUGCCGAAUAAGGAGUUGUUUUUUCGGAACUCGGAGAAGCUUCUUAAUUCUGGGGGAAAGUUGGUGGUUGCGGAUUGGUUUAAGGACGAGGGAUUGAGCGAGAAGCAGUUUAAGGAUGAUAUUUGGCCCAUUGAAGGUCAGUCAAAUUGACUCCUAUAUCCCAUGGGGAUAUAUCAACAUAUGAGCUGACAGAAAUCAGAUGGAAUGUUACUCCCUCCAUUGUGUACACAGGCCGAUUACGUCCGUCACGCUGAAAGCGCCGGGUUGAAGGUGUUCGCUGAGCCAUUCGAUAUCAGCAGGCAAGUUUCGAAGACUUGGUAAGUCAACUCUUCAGUUUUUAAUACUGUGAUUAUAUGCUGAUUCAGUCUAGGGAUAUCUCAUGGACUCUGAUACAAAACCCAGCACUUUGGGCGUUCGCCAUGGCUCAAGGCAGAGAUGGACUUGCGUUCAUGCAAGCUUUCAGAGCAAUGCGACGAGGAUUUGCAAAUGGCACAUUCAGAUAUGCUGUCAUGGCAUUUCAGAAGCCUUGAAGUAUGCCAAGGUUAAGCAGUUCAUGAUAAUAAUCAUAUGUAAAUGUAAAAAUGGUUGGCAAACAAAACAUGGCUCGAGAUUAGAUGUAGCGAUAGAUUUUUUCUAAGACGUAUAACAACCUUGCC